GUUCGCCUUCGAUCUCCGCCGAUGAUGUUUAUUUAGCACACGCAAGCGAAAACUGAACACAUUAACGCGGAAAAAUACUUGCGAUGACUACAAAAGUGAAAAGUUUCAUGCGUACAUUUUAAAUAACCCUCCUUUUAUACGCGCAUGCGUAAUAAACUCAUUGUGAUUGGCCGUGCAAAGGGAACGUAUCGAAAAUACUAACAUGAGUGAAAUGAAUGCAAAGUGUGUCAGUCGCUCAGCGUGCAACAGCAAGGGAAGCAUGAUCGUAGUGUCGAACCGACUGCCUUUCAUUCUCAAACGGAAUGAAAAAACUGGGGAUUUAGAGAGAAAAGCUAGUGCGGGUGGGUUGGUGACUGCCGUCGCUCCAGUGGUGAUCAGAGGCAACGGCAUCUGGGUGGGAUGGCCGGGCAUCCACCUCGACGACCCUAAUGAGAAAAUCCCUGAAUCCAACCCCAACGACAAGACGCCCACCGCUGGCCUUCUCUCUAAAAAGAUCGUGGCGAUUCACGCGGAGCCUAAUCUCUUCGACAGCUACUACAAUGGAUGCUGCAACGGCACCUUCUGGCCCCUCUUCCACUCCAUGCCCGAUCGAGCCACCUUCAUCGCAGACCACUGGAAGGCGUACAUUAAAAUCAAUGAGGAGUUCGCAGAGAAAACCGUACACGCUCUGCGUCUCCUAAAAGAAGAAGAAAAGAAAGAAAAAGGUGGCUCUUCGCCGCCGAUUGUCUGGGUCCACGACUACCACCUCAUGUUGGCUGCCAAUUGGAUCCGACAGCGCGUGGAGGAGGACGACAUCAAAUGUAAACUGGCAUUCUUCUUACACAUACCUUUCCCGCCAUGGGACAUCUUCAGAUUAUUCCCAUGGUCGGAUGAAGUUUUACAAGGAAUACUUGGUUGCGACAUGGUUGGAUUCCACAUAACUGAUUACUGUUUAAAUUUCAUUGACUGUUGCCAAAGAAAAUUAGGAUGUCGUGUGGAUAGAAAAAAUCUUCUAGUCGAAUUGGGUGGUCGCACAAUUUGCGUCCGCCCGCUCCCCAUAGGCGUUCCUUUCGACAGAUUCGUGCAAUUAUCACAAAAUGCGAAACCAGUGCUCUCUACAAACCAAAAAGUCAUACUCGGAGUCGAUAGACUAGAUUAUACCAAAGGAUUAGUACAUAGACUGAAAGCCUUCGAGAGAUUAUUAGAAAAACAUCCUGAACAUAUAGAAAAAGUGAUGCUGCUGCAGAUUUCCGUUCCUUCUAGAACUGACGUGAAAGAAUACCAGGAUUUAAAAGAGGAAAUGGAUCAGCUUGUAGGAAGAAUAAAUGGGAGAUUUACUACGCCUAACUGGUCGCCAAUCAGAUACAUCUACGGCUGCGUGGGACAAGACGAGUUGGCGGCGUUCUACCGCGACGCGGCGGUGGCGCUAGUGACGCCACUACGAGAUGGCAUGAACCUAGUGGCCAAGGAGUUCGUGGCGUGUCAAAUCAACAAGCCCCCGGGCGUGUUGAUAGUGUCGCCCUUCGCCGGCGCCGGGGAAAUGAUGCACGAGGCUCUUAUAUGCAACCCUUACGAACUGGACGACGCGGCUGAGGUUAUACACAGGGCACUGAUGAUGCCAGAAGACGAGCGUACAGUGCGCAUGAACCACCUGCGCAGGCGCGAGCAGCUGAAUGACGUGGACAGCUGGAUGAAGUCCUUCCUCAAGGCCAUGGACUCGCUGGAGGAGGAGGCCGACGACAUCGGCGCCACCUCCAUGCAGCCCGUCACCAUGGACGACUUCGAUGAAUACCUCUCGAAAUACAUAGGCUACACGCAGAAGCUGGCGCUGAUGCUGGACUACGACGGCACGCUGGCGCCCAUCGCGCCGCACCCCGACCUGGCCACGCUGCCGCUCGAGACCAAGCACACGCUGCAGCGGCUGUCCAACUUGUCCGACGUCUACAUCGCCAUCAUAUCCGGACGCAACGUCGAUAACGUCAAGGAAAUGGUCGGCAUCGAAGGCAUCACGUACGCGGGUAACCACGGGCUGGAGAUCCUGCACCCGGACGGCAGCAAGUUCGUUCACCCCAUGCCCAUGGAGCUGCAGGAUAAGGUCGUUGAACUCCUCAAGGCCUUGCAAGAACAGGUGUGCAAAGACGGCGCGUGGGUGGAGAACAAGGGCGCGCUGCUGACGUUCCACUACCGCGAGACGCCGGGCAGCAAGCGCGCGGCGCUGGCGGCGCAGGCGCGCAAGCUCAUCGCCGCCGCCGGCUUCACGCCCGCGCCUGCGCACUGCGCCAUCGAGGCGCGUCCGCCUGUGCAGUGGGACAAGGGUCGAGCGUCAAUUUACAUCCUAAGAACUGCGUUUGGCCUGGACUGGUGUGAACGAAUCAGAGUUAUUUAUGCUGGUGACGAUAGCACUGAUGAAGACGCAAUGUUGGCUCUAAAAGGCAUGGCAGCGACGUUCCGCAUCGCGUCGUCGCAGAUCACGAAGACGUCGGCGGAGCGGCGGCUGUCGUCGCCCGACUCCGUGCUGGCCAUGCUGCGCUGGGUGGAGCGCCACUUCUCCCGCCGCAAGCCCCGCGCCAACUCCCUCACUUACAAGAGCGCGAGAAAAGCCAGGGACACUCUACACAUGCAGAUGUCCUACCAAAUGCCCGCUAGAUCCUCCCCGAUCCAAACGCCCCCCCGCAGCCCUGAUAAAACAUCCAGCGGAUCCGAAUCCAGUUAAAACUGGUUCGUCUAAAAACAUUAAAGCUAUUUUUAGGUUAUGUUCGUAAUUUGAAAUUAUGAUUUAUAUGCUCUUUGUUGUUGGAAAAUUGAAAAGUUCGUGUCUAAUGAUUUUUUAAAAGUCAAAUGUGAACAUGUAUUCUUAAAACGUUAAUUUUCACUGAAGCGCACCAACCUUAAAAUGGCUGGGUAUGUUUAUUUAACAAAAUUUACAUAAAACAUAAAAUCUUUUAUAUUUUGCAAUAAAUAGAAAAUAUUCCAUUUCAGAAACAUUCCUCUAAGGGAUUUACUUUUGAUAUUUAAGCCAAUUUAAUAAUAUAAUAACAUUGCACAAGUUUCAAAAGCUGCUAAAAAUUACUUUUAAAAACGCAUUGAUAUAAAUUACGUAAAUGUGAUAGAAUAAUGUGUACAAUUAAUUUUAAAAUAUGGCUAUAUCAUUUAGUUGUAAGUGUUUCAAAAAUAAUGAGUAAUCGUAUGCAUGGCCCAACGAACUUAAAAAUAAUAUAACAUUAUAUUCUUACAAAUAGCACUGAGAUUUUAUACGAAAAUAAAAAAACUAUUAUUUAUGAACUAAAUUAUUGAAUUUUGUUUUUAAUACUGGGAAUUUUGUUAUGUCUAAUACGUCGAAUUAAUUCAUCGUUUAUAUUAAAAAAAAUUAUCUAUUGAUUGAAUACCAUUCCUAUCCAAAUAGUAGAUGUGGCAAAGUGACAAAUAUACACGGUAUGCUUUAUGUAUUUAUUGAAUAUGUGUUGUGUAGAAAGUAAACAAUAUACUAGUCCAGUUGGUGGCUUUAGUCUAUCCAAUGCGCACUGAAAUACCUAUCUCGAAUUACUAUCAAUCGUGUAUUUUUAGAUCCAUAUUAAAUGUUUUACGAGGAAUUUAUUUGAUAAAAUAAAAUAUUAUUUAACA